UUCUCUCCCUCCCUCCCUCUCUCUUACAUUAGAGCUUUCCAUCUUUCGCUUGCAUCGCACUCGCUUUGACAGUGUUAAAUGAAGGCGGUCAUCAUGGCAGUUUCGGCGCACCUGUACCCAGCUGUGUUUUUCGCUUGCGCGUGGAUGUCACUGUUCGGACCGAUUUCAUGUCACACAGGCGUUAUAAUCCAGAGAAACGUACGGGACCGAGAGUUUGACAGCCGCGGUGGGCAUGUCACUGGCAGAGAUGAACCGCUUAUCUCAGCGCACAGCCGCGGAGAUUACAGCGGGGACCCGGGCGGACCGGCCAUGGGAGUUCCCCGAGUCCGGAGGGCAUCGACUCCGGAGAAAGUCUCUCUACUCAGCAGCUCUUUCGUCCUUAAAGGGGAUGCCACCCACAACCAGGCAAUGGUCCACUGGACGGGUGAAAAUAGCAGCGUCAUCCUCAUUCUCACCAAAUAUUACCAUGCAGACUCCAACAAAGUUCUUGAGAGUUCCCUUUGGAGAUCCAGUGAUUAUGGGUCAACCUACACCAAACUCAACCUGAUGCCUGGCACAACCAUCAUAGUUACAAACUUCUACAUCUGUCCCACUAACAAGAAAAAGGUAAUCUUGGUGAGCUCCAGCAUCAACGAACGUGACCAGAUGCUCUUCAUCAGCACAGAUGAGGGUUCAUCCUUCCAGCGGCAGCCUGUCUCCUUCACCGUGGAUACGCUCCUCUUCCAUCCAUCUGAGGAAGACAAACUUUUGGCUUACAGCAAGGAGGCGAAGCUGUAUAUCUCCACCGAUCUGGGUCACAAAUGGACUCUGCUACAGGAGCGUAUUACUAAAGACAGAGUUUUCUGGGCCGUGACGGGGGUGGAUGUGGAUCCUGAUUUGGUUCAUAUGGAGAUUCAAGACAUCGGUGGCGGAUACCUUUAUGUGACAUGUCUCAUACAAAAUUGCUCUGAUAAAAUGGUGACAGCACAGUUCUUGGGGAAGAUUGACCACAAUUCCCUCUCGGUGCAAGAUGAAUACAUAUUUGUGAAGGUAACUACAGGAAAUCGAACCAAGUAUUAUGUCUCAUACCGAAGGAAUGAAUUUGUUCAGAUGAGAUUCCCUAAAUACGCCCUUCCAAAGGAUGUGCAAAUUGUGAGUACAGACGAGAAUCAGGUAUUCUUGGCUCUGCAGGAGUGGUAUCAGACAGACACGUACAACCUCUACCAGUCAGAUCCACAAGGUGUCUAUUACUCCAUCGUGUUGGAGAACGUCCGCAGCACAAAGCAGCCUGAAGAGAAUGUCCUCAUCGACAUCCUAGAGGUUCGUGGCAUCAAGGGCGUAUUCUUAGCCAAUCAAAAAUUAGAUGGGAAAGUUAUGACUCUCAUCACCUACAACAAAGGCAGAGACUGGGAACCGUUGGCUCCUCCCACAACUGAUAUGAAUGGCAAACCUGUCAGCUGCAAGCAGCCUGACUGUCACCUCCAUCUCCACUUGCGAUGGGCUGACAACCCGUACGUGUCUGGAACGGUCCACACUAAAGAUUCUGCCCCAGGCCUCAUCAUGGGUGCAGGUAACCUUGGGUCUCAGCUGGUUGAAUAUAAAGAGGAGAUGUACAUCACCUCAGACUGUGGCAAGACCUGGAGACAGGUUUUUGAAGAAGAGCAUCACAUUCUUUAUCUGGAUCAUGGUGGUGUCAUUGUGGCCAUUAAGGACACCUCAAUCCCUUUGAAAAUACUCAAAUUCAGCAUAGAUGAAGGACGAACAUGGAGCAUCCACAACUUCACCAGCACUUCUGUAUUUGUGGAUGGACUUCUGAGCGAACCUGGAGAUGAGACACUGGUUAUGACGGUAUUUGGCCACAUAAGUUACCGUUCGGACUGGGAGCUGGUGAAGGUGGAUUUUCGACAGUCGUUUCCCAGACAGUGCACAGAAGCUGAUUAUGACUCCUGGAAACUCACUGACCUACAGGGAGAAAAAUGCAUCAUGGGCCAGGAACGAAUGUACAGGAGGAGGAAAGAGUCAUCAUUCUGCAUUAAAGGGAAGAGCUAUACAUCAGCUUUAACAGCUAAACCAUGCCAGUGCACAGAGAAAGACUUUGCCUGUGACUACGGCUUUGAGCGCGCUCCCAGCCUCAGGUUAGAGGGGGAUCGCUGUUAUCCUGACUUCUGGCAUGAUCCUGAUGCUCCACCUGAAAACUGCCACUUAGGACACAGCUACAAGUCCAGCACAGGUUACCGGAAGGUCAUCGCUAAUGUAUGUGAGGGUGGCUUGAAUAAAGAACAGAGUGCAAAGCAGCAUUCCUGCCCUCUGCUGCCCCCUAGAGGUCUGCAGCUGGGCAUCAAAGGACAGAUGCUGGCUGUGGCACCUGGUGAUGAUAUCACCUUUAUAGUCCAUCAGGAACAGGGGGACACCACCAGCACCAGAUAUCAGGUUGAUUUAAUGGACGGCGUCAGGGCUAUAUAUGAAAACCUGACUGUCACAGAUGAACCCAUUCAGCACCGUUAUGAGAAGCCAGGUGUUUACCGUGUGAAUGUGAAAGCUGAAAACUCAGCUGGACACGACCAAGCCACACUUUACAUCCAGGUCACAGCUCCUCUACAAGAUGUUCAUCUGGAGGUGGUCCCAAUUGCUGGCAGAAAUCAAGAAGUAAAUCUCACAGCUAUAGUGCUCCCCGCUGAGGCAAACCUUACCGUGUUUUACUGGUGGAUCGGAGAUAACCUUCAGCCAAAGCUGACCCUGGAGAAUAGCCUGAUUACAAUGUUCUCUGAGGAGGGGGAGGUUCCUGUGACGGUUCAGGCUUCUAAUGGUCGAUCCAUGGUACAGGACAGCAAAACUGUCAUUGUCUAUGAUCAUUUCCAGGUCAUCCCAUUGAGUUUCAGUCGUAAUUUGGAUCGUUUUAACCCAAACAUCCCUGAAUGGAGACAAGAUGUUGGACAAGUCAUAACCAAGAUUCUUGCUAAGCUCACAGGGGUUCCUCAGGACUCUUUGGUUACCACGGUAAAACCUGGUCUUCCCACUACUGCAGACCUGUAUGUUCUUCCUCAAGAGAGCACACCAGUGAAGAGGAGUGUGUUUGUGGAUAAGCGUGUUCCCACCAUAAAGCAGGUUCUGAGUGAGAACAAUGUGAGCUUCAUUGUGAGAGGAGGGUUAAGAGUACUAGUGACUCUGGCAGACUCAGAUAGAGGUUCUCAUUUGGCUGCAGCAGGUCCAGGUGUUUGGGCUUUAGCUGUAUUUCUCCUCAUCAGUCUGAUCUCUGCUGCAGCAUUCAUACUCUUCAAGUUUAAAAGGAAAAACUACAAAAACCAUGGUUCCUUGCUGAGGCCAGAGGAGAGCAGCCUAACGCGUCCCUGGCUGCGUUUCAGAAAAUUGCCGGGACGAAACGUCUACGCCCAGAUGCACAAUGAGAAGGAGCAGGAAAUGACCAGCCCUGUCAAUCACAGUGAGGACACGCAGAAUAUCAUUCAAGGCGAGGAGUUCAUUGAUGAUGACCUGGACUCGCAGACACUAGGUAACGCCGGAGGCAACCACUCAGGGGUGGUGUUGAGCAUAAAUUCAAGGGAGCUGCACAGUUACCUGACCAGCUGAUGACCAAUGUGAAGGUGCCAGCGAUGAGCACAAUAGACUAUGCCUUCCUCCUCUCUCCAGAUCUGACCCUUCAGACACCCUUACAGGAGAGAGAUCAGAGACACACCUGCACCAAACCCUCUCCUCCUCUCUCUAUCUUCUCUCUGUCUUUUCCAGCCUCCGUUCCCUCAUUCCAGAAGGUGGAUUUUGUACCCCUCUGCAGCGGUUCCCCGGCUUCACUGCUGAUCACAUAUGCACACAUACAUUUUCUCGUCUGUCUCAACCCUGUCCACCUUUCUUUUUAUUAUUGCUCUUAUGAGAGGAGCAUGAAAUCAGCCCCACUUACUAAUUCCCAGGGAGAAACUCAUUGACAAAUGCUUUAUUUUCCAUCUUCAGUUUGUUUUGUGCCUCUCCUGUGUUUUGUCUUUCUUGUGGUCACUGUAAAACUCAGACUAGACGGAUAGGUGAGUAAAGUUGUGGUGCAAUGCAGGACGUGAUACACAUUUCAUUCAGGGGAAGCAAUGUUUGUUAGAUAUAGCCAAAGGGAAAACACUUAAGAUAUCCUGUCACCCUUCUUUUUUGUAUUGUAAAAAAAAACAUUUUAGUUGAACCCAUCAAUUUUCAUAUGCAAUAACACAUCUCUUGCUUUAAUCAAUAACAAAAUCUCUUCUUUUGCCCUGUUUCAUGAUUACGCUAUGCAGUAAAGUCAAAUAAGUUUUGUCUGUCUGAUGCUGCAACAUGUCAGUGACAACGUUUUGCUUUUCCCAUUCCGCUAUUAAUAUCUAUGGCGCAAUUAGUAAUGGUGAUGAUGAUGUAAAAUGUAUUAACAUCGAUUACGCUGCCCCAAGAAAUGCAAACAAACGUGGUCUGCUUUUGGAACAAGCACAUAAUUUCAAAAAGCUACUGCAAAAUCAGCACAGCUAAAACCGUUUUCCUGGAAAACUUGCACCAAUUAUCAGAACCAUUGUUUAAAUUUUUAAGGCAUGGGACGAGAUGCUGGCUCUUUAGUCCUUGAGCCUUAUUCCUGUCUGUUUUCUCCAAGAACCACAGUGCCAAAUUCUCAUCUUUCAGAUUAUAGUCCAUCUUCUAAUGCAUAAUAAAACGACAUCCCCUAACAAAUCAAAUCCCAUCAUUCAUCAUGUCGAAAUCCUCCAUGAAAGCUAGCUAAAUUCUUAUGCUCAUUUAUUUAUUGGACUUAAGAUUCCUCACAAGCAUCAGCCAUUAGAUCUUGACAGGGAGUCAACACAGGAUGAUGAGCAUGAGCUACCUGUCAGGUGUAGUGUGUGUAAAAGCCUAUAUUAGGCGUAGAAGGACACGGUUACGUUCCCUUUCGUUUGGCUUGUAUAUAUAACAAUGUGUACAUAGAACCGUGUAUAUAGACCCUCCUAAAUAUGACACUUUCAAUAGACCAAAAUGUGCACUGUUUUCUCCCAAAUGCCUCGCACUGGGUUUUCUUGAAUUCAGGAGUUAUACAUGGACAUGAUUUGAUCACUUCUACAUCUUUGUCUUUAUUCAACGUUGUUUACUGAAGGAUAUUCUUAAUAUUUCACACUAUCUAUAACAUUUACACUCACACGACUAAAGAACUGUGUGAGAAGUGGUGCACUGUGUCUUUGUGUGCAUUCUGAUGUUUUUUAUUUGACAUUUUAAGGGUUCAGCUGUUUGAAUCAAGGUGUCUGUCUCACUGUUGGAAUCACUAGUGUUUUAUAGAUGUGAAUGGAUGAGGGUCUCUCACUUGCACUAAUCAAAGUUCGUGGCUUGUACAGUGUUGUUCAGGUGGGUUCAGGGAACAUUUUCACACUUUUGAGAAAGACACUGUUUAUGUAACGUCAUACUACAUGAGAGAGAGAAUCAGUUUGGGAAGUAGAGUGACAAUACGUCCUCUUUUUCUCUGACAUGUCCUGACUAGUAUUUCUAAAUUGCCUUAAAGCGAUAUUUCACCCACAAAUGAACUCAUCUUCGUGUCGUUCCCAACCCGCAAGACCACAUUCAUCUUCGUAACACAAAUUAAAGGGGUCAUCGGAUGCAAAAUUCACUUUUACAUGUUGUUUGAACAUAAAUGUGUGUUGGCAGUGUAUGUACACAACCACUCUAUAAUGAGAAAAAUCCAACCAGUGGUUUUUAUUUAAUCCCUAAAAAUAAUAUCCCCUUUUUCAAAUCAGGCCAUUCUCAAUGACAUCACACAGACCAAGGCCGUUCCCACGAUAGUUGAUUGACAAGGCCGUCAAAACUUGGGACUGAAAAGUGAUUUUUCAUUUGACAUUUCCUUUAUUUGUCUACUAAAAUAUUAAUAAUUAUUACCAUCCAUAAGUAGGUCAUAUUUGCCACAAUUAGCUCAUAAACACAAGAGGCUUUUUUCAGGUGGAACAGUGCCCGAGUACAGUUGAGACACCCAUCCGUAAUGCUGUAAAGCUGCCUAUUCAUUGCAAAUGUAAAACACCUUUAAAAAUGAGAAUUCAAAAGUUUUUAUUUCCAUUGAGUAUUUUGUUUAAUUAUUUGUUUAGUUAAAAGUAGAUAAUUUGUAAAACAUUAGUUUCAGUUCAGUUUCAUUUUAAUAGUAACAGUGGAAAAGUUGAGUACAGUAAACAGUAAAAGAAAAAAAAACAUUGAACAGUUGAAAACAGCAAUAAUAAAACAGAUCAAAUGCAAACAAUAACCUGAUAAAUAUAAUAACAAUAAACAUAAAUGAUGCAUUGUGUCUCAACUGUACCCCGCUGACCACCGCAAACAGAUUUUACGGUGACCUUGCAUGCAAUAUGUCAGUUUUUAGAG